UCACGUCUCCGCCCCGAUCCGGCCCCGCACGCCCUGCCCUGCCUCUUCCCAGAGAAUUUCAUCGGUAACAUGGUUUUUUUCUCUCCCCCCCUCCCCGGAGCAGUGGAGGAGACUCCGGCAGGGAAAGGGAAGGCGAGAAGUGAAUGACUACCAGCGGGACGAGUCAGCCACACCGCCCGGUCGGCGGACAUUUAGCGAGGCGGGCUCCUCUCCUGGCUUUUAAAUGUAGUAGUAGGUGGAACCGAGUGCGCACCGUUAUUUACCCCGAGCGGGACAGAGAUGGAAAGCGUGCAGGCUGCCGCUGAGGACGCGUCGGAUGGAGGCGCGGCGAAGUUCAUGAAGAAGCCCAUCGGACUGUCUGUCGCCCGCGGGACUCCGUUGGACGAUGGCGGUGGACAUUCGUCUCCCUCCCGCGCAGAGGCGAGGAACGGGAACAGCCUCCCUCACUCCGCCUCGGCCGCGGGAUCCAGUGCGUCAGACCGAGCCGUGGCGUCGAAUGGCCGGGGCUCGUCCAGCAACUCCGGCUCCCUCCUGUUGAGACGCAGGCGCUUGAAGAGGAACCUCUCCGCCGCAGCUGCAGCCACCGCCGCCCCGGCUGUCACCGCCGGCCGCGGUGCCAAGAUGAACUCGGCCCUGUCCUCCGCGUCGCUGCACACCCGGAGUCUGGACAGGAAGACGCUGCUGAAGCACCGGCAGAACAUGCAGCUGCAGCCCGCAGAUCGAGAGUGGGUGAGGGCAGAUCUCCACCGGGGCUCCGUACAUGUCCACGACCGACUGACGCCCACAUAUCCCAGGCCGGUCCUUUGCACUAUGGACACCACAGCCGGCGAGGUGGCGCUCCGGCUGAGUAAACUCUGCAGUAAGUCGAGCUCCGUUAUGCGCAUUUUCUGUAAAGACAACCCCAAGACUGACCAAAAUGGCAACUGCAAUGUGAAGUAUGAUUAUGGUGAUAACCCAUGCAAGGGGAUGGAAGACUCGAGUAUGAAAGGCAACCACCUGACCCCCCUGGAAUCCACCGAUCUAAGGGGCCAUCCGAGAGACCGGCUGAGGCUGCUGCUCCUGGAGAAUGCAGACGAGAGGCAAACGCAACAGGACGUUGAUGGGAAACUUUUCACCCCUGAUUCAGAGUCGCAAGACAUCAUCACCUGUUCCCUGUCAGAUUUGAAUUCCAACUCCAACAUGGACACCCCCAAUGACGAUGACUCAGAGCACAGGAAUGGCGUGGACAGCUAUGGACUGAACUCUGGCUCGGACGUGGAGAGCAGUGCGUUCGAUGACCUCAGCUCCGGGGCCCGGCUCAGCGAGCACAGGGACUCCCUGAGUGAUGACAUGAUCCUGGGCACUGAGGCUUCCAUCCUCAGCCCCACGUUUGACAGCGCCACGGAGGGCCACGACAUGUACGGCAGCUCCUCGGACGAACUGGAUCUCGACUGUCCAGCGUCGAGCACCAGCAUGGACCCCAUCUCCCAGCAUCACAACGGGGGCAUCACUGCCAGCUACAAGCAGUGCAACACGGGACCUUUAAAUGACAAUGUGGGGCCGGACAGCAGGCUGAGCCCACACAGCCUGGGCAGCAUGCCAACCAGCAGCAGUGCCGGCUCAUUGUCAAGAGCCUGUUCUACAGGUACUACACCUGACAUCCAACAUCCGGACUCUGCAAAACCAGGGCUGUCAGAAGACCACAAUGGGAAUUCCUGUGAUUCCAGCCCCACGCUGUAUGUGCAGCUUCAUGGUGAAGCCGUCAGGAGGCUUAGCCCAGAUGAGAGGCCUCUGCAGAUCCAGAAUGACUUUCUCUUUAAGCUUGGAUUUAAGGACCCUUGGCGAGUUCAAGAGGAAGGGCUUAACACAGAAAUCGGCUCCUUGUUACGUUUCUACGCAGGGAAACCCCAAAGCAUCGAGAACUCAGAGCGGAUCCAGCUGUCAGGGAUGUACAACGUUCGGAAAGGGAAGCUUCAGCUACCGGUCAACCGCUGGACCAGGCGACAGGUCAUCCUGUGCGGCACCUGCCUCAUCGUCUCCUCUGUUAAAGAGAGCCAGACAGGGAAGAUGCAUAUCCUGCCGCUCAUUGGAGGAAAAGUGGAGGAGGUGAAGAAGCACAAUCACUGUUUGGCCUUCAGCUCAGCGGGCCCUCAGAGUCAAACCUACUACGUCAGCUUUGACAGCUUCACGGAGCACCUGCGAUGGCACAGACACGCUGCCAAGAUGGUGUCCCAGAGAAUAAACUCGGUAGACCUGUCCUGCUGCAGCCUGGAGCAGCUUCCUACCAACCUCUUCUACAGCCACGACCUCACCCACCUCAACCUCAAACACAACUUCCUGCCUGCGGACCAGCGGCUGCAGCAGCUGCAGAGGUUUUCCCGUCUGCGAAGCCUCAACUUGUCCAACAACCAUCUCAGUCAGUUUCCCCCCGCCAUCUGUGACAUCCCCACCCUGACGGAGGUCAACCUCAGCUGUAACUACCUGGCCUCUGUGCCCAGCUCCGUGGGAGCCAUGACCAACUUGCAGACAUUCCUCUUGGAUGGCAACAGUUUAGAUGAGCUGCCCAACGAGCUGGGAUCCCUGCAGAGGCUGAGCUACUUUGGUCUGUCCUUCAACCAGUUCAACCACGUUCCCCAGGUGCUGGAGCGUUUGACCUCCAUGGAGAAGCUGUGCAUGGCCGGCAACAACCUAGAAACACUCGUCCUGCAGAACUUCAGACUUCUCCGAGUCAAACACAUCGACUUAAGGCUGAAUAAGAUCUCCAGCAUGGUGCCAGAUGAGCCCGACCUGCUGAGGCACGUGACCCAGCUGGACGUGAGGGACAACCGGCUGACGGAGCUGGACGCCUCAGUCUUCCCCAGGCUGGAGGUGCUUCACUGCGAGAGGAACCACAUCUCCAGCCUCAAGGCCAAGGGUUGCUUGCUCAAAGGCAUCUACACUGCCAACAACGAGCUACGACAACUGGAUGUCAGUCCCGUGCCUUCCAAUCUGAGCUACAUGGAUAUCUCGAGGAACCAUAUGGACUCCUUGCCAGACUGGCUGUGUGAAGCAAAGAAGCUGGAAGUUCUGGACGUGAGCCACAACCUCAUCACCGAGCUCCCUGCGCGGUUGUUCUGCAGCAACAGUCUUAGGAAGCUGAGUGCAGGACAUAACCAGUUGCAGAAGCUUCCUGAAAGAGUGGAGCGCCCUCUGCUGGAAGUUCUGGACGUACAACACAAUCAACUGGUGGAGCUGCCUUGCAACCUGUUCCUCAAAUCUGACAGCUUACGAUGCGUGAAUGCAUCAGCCAACAAGCUGGAGCACCUGCCACCUUCCAGCCUAUCAGAGGAGAGCCACAGCAUCCUGCAGGAACUCUACCUCACCAACAACCGGCUGACAGACAAGUGUGUGCCCAUGCUGACGGGCCACUUACAUCUACGAAUUCUGCACAUGGCAUACAACCAUCUCCAGACCUUCCCAGCUAGUAAAAUGGCCAAGUUGGAGGAGCUGGAGGAGGUGGACCUGAGCGGGAACAUGCUGAAGACCGUGCCCACCACCAUCAUGAACUGCUGGCGAAUGCAUACGCUCAUCGCCCAUUCCAACGCCAUCGAGGUCUUUCCGGAGGUCAUGCAGCUGAUGGAGAUGAAAUGUGUGGAUCUGAGCUGUAAUGAACUGAGCGAGAUCACUCUCCCGGAGAACCUGCCGCCCAAGCUUCAGGAGCUCGACCUGACUGGAAACCCUCGUCUCAACCUGGACCACAAGACCCUGGAGCAGCUAAAUAAUAUCCGCUGCUUCCGUAUUGAUCCGCCUCCAACCUUUUCCUCGAACGAGGCAUCUGGUGGGCCUGCUGUGUGGAGUCAUGGUUACACAGAGGCCUCGGGCGUCAAGAACAAACUUUGCGUCGCAGCACUUUCAGUGAACAGCUUCUGUGGAAAUCGUGAAGCCCUGUACGGUGUGUUCGAUGGGGACAGGAACGUGGAAGUGCCGUACCUUCUGCAGUGCACAAUGAACGACGUGCUGGCGGAAGAAAUACACAAGACUAAGAGCGAGGAGGACUACAUGACCAACACCUUCCUCGUCAUGCAAAGGAAACUCGGGACCGCGGGUCAGAAAAUGGGCGGCUCAGCAGCUCUGUGUCACAUUCGCCAUGACCCCACCGACCCUGCCGGCUGCUUCACCCUCACGGCUGCGAACGUGGGCAAGUGCCAGGCCAUUCUGUGCCGUGACGGGAAGCCACUGUCGCUGUCCCUGCUUCACAACAUAGGGCUGGAGGAGGAGUACCGCAGGAUCCGACAGCACAGGGCCAUCAUCACUGAGGACAACAAAGUGAAUGGCGUGACCGAUUCUACAAGAAUCAUGGGCUACUCCUUUCUCUACCCGUCCGUCAUCCCUUGUCCCUAUGUGCAGACAGUCACUCUCACGUCCCAGGAUGAGUUCUUCAUUCUGGGCAGCCGGGGCCUGUGGGAUACUGUGUCUCCCACUGAGGCUGUAGAGGCUGUUCGAAACGUCCCGGACGGCCUGGCUGCUGCGAAGAAGCUGUGCACGCUGGCGCAGGGGUACGGCUGCACCGACAGCCUCAGCGCCGUGGUGGUCCAGCUCAGCGUGAGUGAGGACUGCUGCUCCUGCUGCUGUUCUGAGCCUCCCCAUCCUCCUCCGAGCCCCGGCCUGGGCACUUAUCCCUCCUCCUCCUCUGCCAUCAAGGAGCGGCCCUCGGACGGCUCCCUCCCCGUGCCCCCCUCCUCCUGCAGUGAAAUCAGCAGCGAGAUCAGCACCAGUGAGAUGAGCAGCGAAGUGGGCUCCACAGCCUCGUCUGACGAACCCCCACAGAGCUCUCUGAUGCUGCUGCACGACCAGUCCCACCAUCCACACCUCCACCUGCACCAUCCGGCCCACGUGCUGUCCUUACAGCAACAGCAUGCCCACUCGGCCUCUCAGCCCUGUCAGUACCUGUUCCCUGGGUCAGAGCUGCCCUCUGCUCGCAGCUGCUGUGCCCUCCAUCCUGCCUGUUUAGCAGGUUCCUUCCAGAGGCAGCUAUCCAGUGCCACUUUCUCCAGCGCCCUGUCAGACAAUGGGCUGGACAGCGAGGACGAGGAGCCCAUAGCUGGUGUUUUCUCUAACGGGAGCCGCGUGGAAGUAGAGGCAGACAUCCAUUGCCUCAAAGCAGAGCUCGCCACCUCGUCAUCGCCCCAAACAUCAUUACCCUCAUCCGCCAGCCAGGAGCGCACCCUGCUGACUCUUCCCCCACCUCCGCCACCGCCGUGCACCCCAGAGCCCCUGGAUGAAGGUGUCGACAUGAGCCUCGGUGACGUCGAGAACGGUCUGGAGAGGGACGAGUCGUGGCAGGGAGUCGGAGCAGGAGGUGGGGACGGAGCAAAGCUAGCAGCUAAGCAGAGGGUUAACGGGUCAGUGGCACGCCAAGAGAAGAGUCACAAUCUUAUUGAGGUGGCUGCCGACGCCCCCUCGAAGAAAUCUGGCGGCUACUUCACAGCUCCGGCCCAGCCUGACCCAGACGACCAGUUCAUCAUCCCCCCUGAGCUGGAGGAGGAGGUGAAGGAAAUCAUGAAGCAGCAUCAGCAGAAACAGCAAAAGCCCCCCGGGACCGAUCAGCCCAUGGACUACUACGACACCCCCCUCUGAGCAGCAGCACGGACUAAAAGCCUCAUCUCCCUUCCAGCAGCAGCAGCAGCAGCAUGCACACGACCCGGCAUCAACCCAACCGCUCCGAUAUCCCUCAAAUGUGGUCACAGACGAAGUGAGAUUCCUCCAGAGGCUGUAACAUGCACAUGAAAGCCUUCCAGCUCUACACAGCCUUAUCCUUGGAGAACCAUGCACUGUAACUGCUCCUCCUGUUUUUACCGAAGCAACUCAUAGAAUACAACGAGCAAAUGAGCCCUUUAACGAUACUCCACCCUCUUGAAAAAGCAAAACGCCCGUGUCCACGGCCCCUGGUGUCC